GGGAGGAAGGCUCUCGCUUCGGCGGCACGACCGUCAUUGAAAAAGAGCAAACCAGGACAGCGAUGAAGGAGGAAAACUUUGCAGACUCACAGCUGGGAGGAGCGAUCGGUGCAGGAAAAGCCACCAGCCUUCUUCAGCCUAAAUCUGUAGUGGAGAGAUCAGAAUGGAGGAGGUUGCAAGAGGACCGAGGAGGAGAAGGAGGCAGAGGGAUGCGAGAUCUUUGGGAAACCCAGUGGCAGGAGUUCCUGAAGAACCUACAGCCCAUUGAUGCAGGAAGGGGAGACUUGGCUGGAUCCGAGGUUGCCCCGUGGGAUGAUGCCAAGGCCUUCCUGGCCUCCUUCGAGCAAGUGGCUAAAGCCUGCCGGUGGCCCAUAGGGGAAUGGGUGGCCCGGCUCUUGCCAGCACUGAGUGGAGAAGCGGAGGAGGCCUUUCGAAGCCUGGACGCCCAAGACAAAGAAGAUUAUGGGAAAGUGAAGGCCGCCAUCUUGCGAGGGGAUGCCUUGAGGAUGGAGAAGCAGCGCCAGCACUUCAGACACUUCUCCUGCCAGGUGGUGGAAGACCCCCGGAAGAUUCACUGCCACCUCCAGGAGCUUUGCCACCGGUGGCUGAGGCCGGAGAGACGCAGCAAGGAGCAGAUCCUGGAGCUGCUGAUCCUGGAGCAGUUCCUGGCCAGCCUUCCCCCGGACCUCCAGGGCUGGAUCCGAGGAAGUGGACCGCGCACGUGUUCCCAGGCUGUGGCCUUGGUGGAGGAUAUCCUGUUGAGCAGGCAAAGGGCUGAGACAAGAAAGUGGCAGGGGCCAAUGAUGGAGGAGUCUUUGGGUUCCCAUAAUUCAAAGGAAGGUCCCAUGAAUGCUUCUGAAGCCAAGCCACAUGGUGAUUCGGAGAUGAAUGUGCCGGGCGGUGGAAUUAAAUGCUCGAGUCACACCAUUUCACUGCUUCCUCUUGAAGGACAGAGAACAGACCAAACUAAGGUGAAAGAGGAACCAAGGGAUCUCAGCGAAACUAGCCUAUCUUUGCAAGUUGUCAAGCGGAGCUUGACGCAGCCGGGCAAAGGCACCAUGGUGUGGACCGUCCUGCAGGAGGGUGGCAAGAACGAAGACCCUCUAGAUGUUGGAAUGAGAAUGCAGAGUAAGAUGGCAGAAUCUCAGUGUGGUGGAAAUAAAGGAGAUGUGCCCAGCCAGGCCCCACUGAUAAUCCCAAAGCAUGUGCUGAGGAUCGUCGAAAUGCACAAGGACGGAUUUUGGCCCAAAGACAAGCAGGGAUAUCAGCCAGCAGAGACCGGGGAAGAACAUAUGGAGCUCACCGAAGGUUUUUCAGCUGCUAUUAAUCAGUCUUCCAGAGUACUCAUAAGGGAUAAAAAUCAAUUCGUUUCCAGGAUCCGUCGUGAGGAAGGGAAUGAAUCCACAGAGGAGGACUGGGCAGACAACCGACCAAGGAAGAAGAAGGGGAGGGGCCUUGCGUGGCAGCUGGACGAGACCCGGUGCCUCCUGGCCAUCUGGGGCGAACAACGCGUGCAGGAGCAGCUGAGGUCCAGCCACCGCAACUUGGACACCUUCGUGGCCAUCUCCAGGGCCAUGAAACGCCGGGGGUUCAGGCGUUCCCCUCUCGAGUGCCGGUGCAAAACGAAAUCCUUGCGCCGACUGUACAAAAACGCCGUGGAGCACAAUUCCAAGCCGGGAAAUAGUCCCCAAAGAAUCCCAUUUUACAGGGAACUGCGCAGGAUCCUGGAAAGAGACCCCAGUGUGGACCCACCUAGAUCGACUGACAGCCGUGACUCCCAAGGUGACACAACGGAGGAAAGUCCCCGACACGUUCCCCAACCGGCGGUUGUGGUGCCCAUCCCUGUGGUGGAUUCCUUGGCUGAAGACCCGCAAGGUAUUGGGAUGGGAAAUCAGUUCGAGGUGACGCUAUCCCAGUUUGGAGGAAGUCAGGAAGAAGAUCUGCCGGGGACUGUGCCACAGCUAAGCCAAAGGAACGCCCUGAAGAUAGUUGAGAUACGCAAGGAAGGAGGUCGGUCCAGAAAGGAGCAGGGAGGUCACCCGGCGGAGAGAGAGAAGGAAUUUAUAGAGCUCGCGGAAGAUUUUUCUACAGCUUUUAAUCAGUCUUCCAGAAUACACAUAGGGGAUAAAAGUCCACUGGUUUCCAGCAUAUAUUCCGACGAAGAGCAGGAAUACGCGGCGGAGGAGUGGGAGUACGAGCGACGGAGGAAGAAGAAGGGAAGGGGCCUUGCGUGGCAGCUGGACGAGACCCGGUGCCUCCUGGCCAUCUGGGGCGAACAACGCGUGCAGGAGCAGCUGAGGUCCAGCCACCGCAACUUGGACACCUUCGUGGCCAUCUCCAGGGCCAUGAAACGCCGGGGGUUCAGGCGUUCCCCUCUCGAGUGCCGGUGCAAAACGAAAUCCUUGCGCCGACUGUACAAAAACGCCGUGGAGCACAAUUCCAAGCCGGGAAAUAGUCCCCAAAGAAUCCCCUACUUCGAGGAGCUGCACAGGAUCCUGGAAAGAGACGCCAGUGCGGAUCCUCCUAGAUCGACCGACAGCCGUGACUCCCCCAACGGCCUCCCUGACCAAAGUCCUCAGAAGGCAACCGGGAGGACCGUCCCCGUGAUGGACUCCCUCCCUGUCGAAUCGGGAGCUGCACCAAGACCACCGGGAGCCGGUGCUGGGGACGUUGUUGUUGUAUUGCAAGGGAUGGAAGAGGCAGAUGGGGGUAAAGGAGCUCCACCCGCAGAGUCAGGCCUCGCUCCUGACCCUGGGGAAGGCCCAUCAUCCACAUCCACUGCCGGCCAUCAUUCAAUCCGUUUUGAGAGUGAUUCCGCUCCUGCUGUGGAUCGCACAGUUCCAAACCCCACUGUGUGUUUAUCUCCCGUGGUCCUCCUGACCCCCCAUGUGAACAGACUAAAAGAAGGUGGCAGAGAAAGACUAGAAGAUUGUGCAGCUCAAGGAGCCAACCCAUCAAGUCCGAUCAGUCCCGGGCACAAAUUGAGAGGUUUCAUUGGGACUCUAGGGAGAACGAUACAUCUCUCAGAAGAUUGAAUCUGUCUUUCCAGGGGUUGGAAUCAAGCCAGAGCUUAUAGGCACUGUUUUGAUCGAACGUGAAGCGGGGGAUGAGUCCAGUUACGGAUCUAACCCAAAAAAAACCACACCUCUGACUGUCACACCCUUGCGAACCUUUGAUUACCUUUGUAAGUCUUUUGAGAAGAUCUGUUAGUGGACGACGCAGAAGACUUGCUGGGGAGACAGUAUCCUAAGCCUUUCCAGGUCCUGGGGCAUUCAUUGAGAGAGAAAACAGCAGGUUUUUAAAGGACUGGUGUAUAGCUCAGUGGUUGAGACAUCAGGCUGCGGAGCCAGAGGUUGGGAGUUCGAUUCCCCACUGUGUCUCCUUGACAGGGUUGGACUAGAUGACCCAGAGGGUCCCUUCGAGCUCUGCAGUUCUAAGAUGAGAAUUAAAGUUGUGGAAAAGAAAAUGGGAGCCAUUCCCCAGAGAAGAAAAGGAGGGUCACCGUUAAGGGACUUCCCAGGGGUGACCGUGAGAGCCAGUGUCAUGUAAGGUGAGACUGGAACUCAAA